AUGGGUCUACAGGCACGGGGGAGUUCCCGGUUCCGUCCGAGUACUCUAUUCUUGUUUCUGUUGGCCUUUCAGCGGGUGGCCGGCCAGUUGACUGACAUCUGCGAUCCUUAUAUUUUCUGCUUCGGCCCGAACCAAUGUAACGAGGGCUUCGAGUGCAACUUGCUGACGAAUCAAUGUUGCGUAUUUUUGACUACGACCACUACAACAACAACUACCACUACAACCACUACCACAACUACAACCACGACGACAACAACAGCGGACACGACAACAACUACGACAGCAGCCACCACCACGACUACUGAGGCGUGCUACGACAAGGCUUCAACAAACGGCCUGUCGGACUGCGCAAGAAGAGCCUUUCUCUGCAAUAGUCCGAACUACUACGCGGUGAUGACGGAGGAGUGUGCGCUGACGUGUGGGCGGUGCUCGACUACUUGCGUGGACGCCGGCUCUAACUGCCUCGCUCAAAUCGCGCUCUGCGAUCUACCGCAGUACUACAGUAUAAUGUCGCAGAACUGUGCGCUGACAUGUGGAAGGUGUACCGCUACGUCGACAGUUACCUGCUCCGACCAAGGCACCGGAUGCGCCGAGCGAUCAUUCCUCUGCUUCGAAAAUGGCUACCGUACCCUGAUGGAGCUGGAGUGUCCGCUGACCUGCGGUUAUUGUUCGAUCAGCUCGAGCACCGAUUUUUCGCUUGAGGCCGCGCUUCAGGCUCAGAAUUCCGUCCAAACCUAUCUGCCAUCUUCGGCCCUACAAUCUGUUAACAGCAUUCUACAAUCUGGAGCUAUUCAAAAAGCAAUCGAUACGGCAAAUGACAUACGAAGUGGAAAACUUUCCAUCCCCAAAAUCGAGAUGGUCACCGUGAGCACCUAUCAGGUGAACUGCAGUGGGAAACGUUGCAAGCCGUCGAAAAAGUGGAAAAACGCUACUUCUACCGAAAUCCUGCACCUCCCCGAGCCGCCUGAAGAAUCUUUCCGGGUUGGCGAGCCGGAAUUUGGAAAUCACGUUCGAUAUUCCCCAAGUUCUUCGCCAAUUUACAACCCAAAAAUCAUCCCAAUUCCCCGGGCAUCGACAGAACAGGGCAUUUUCCAGCCUUUCCAGCAAUUCUUUUCGAACCUCAACAUCCCCGCCGUUGCGCCAAACUUCCCGUUGCCUUCCCAGUUGCCAAGCUCGGUUUAUGGGCCGCAACCUCAACCAUCCAUGAACUCCGGAAAUUAUGGGCCGGUGGUCUCGAAUUCGGUUGUGGUCCAUCCUCCUGCCGCAACGCCAUCGCCUACCGGUGCUGAAUAUGUGCCUAGCGCCGGCGAGAUUCAGAUUAGUCAGGCCCUGCAAACACUCUCGCUCAACCCGAUCCUAACGCUUUCACAACUGCUCGUCGGCGUUGGCAAGAAUAUGCAGCGGAUGCAAGGGCCGGGUAGUAGCCCAACCCAACCACCAGCUUCAAAUACUUACAUCUCAAACCCGAACAGCCCGUUUUUCGGACCCAGAAGGGCGAGAAACAUGCGAAAUGGCGAGAUCAGCGACAAGAGCCGAGAGAUACUCCGCAGUAGAGUGGAAGCGCUACGAGCAACUGAAGGCGAAACAACGGCUGUCAAAAAGUUAUCUGGCUUCCUGGCUGCGAUUCGGCCGGAAGAAGAGUCUAAAUUGACGCUCGUCGAGCCGGAAGAAGCUACGACUCAUCUGCAGCCGACUCAGCUUUUUGCCACCGGCAAGAGCAUCACGGCAGAGACCGACCCGGUCCCUGGGACAAGUCGCCGAAGCCGAAAUCGUAGCCAAAAGCAGCUGGAAGACACCAUGUUGCUGUUCAAUGAAAAUGCA